UACCAGAAUUAAGGACCAAAAAUCGUACACUGUUGCAUUGUAAUAUGUUUGGUUGUUUUAGUAUGUUCUUUGAAAGUAAUUUUAUGCCUUUUUUUUUUUGAUACUCUAAUACCACUCGCACCGUCGUUUGCCUACCGCUAGAAGUCGCUGCAUUGAGCGCCUGGAGAAAUUCUGAAAUCUAUAGUUGUUUAAAACGGUGUGUAACAUUACCCUCUUACCGGUUCCCAAGUGUUCUGUUCCUCAGCUGAGCCCACGCACUGAUCUAGUUUGCUCCCCAGCACUCUCCCGCCCCACGAUGCUGAGAGACAGUGUGAAGUGCUGGAGCAACGGCCAGACCGACUCCUACAACAGUGACCAGGAAGAGGAGGAGGAGGAGGAGGAGAUGGUCUUCGGAGAGAACGACGGGGACCUGGACGAGAUGAUGGACUUGAGUGGCCUGCCUACCUCCCUGUUCGCCUGCAGUGUUCACGAAGCAGUAUUCGAAGAUGAACAUCAUAGGGAAAGAUUUGAGGCCCUGUUCAGGAUUUACGACGAGCGGGCCACGUUCCAGUUGUUUAAAAGCUUCUGCAGAGUGCGGAUAAACUUCAGCAACCCCGAGGCUGCAGCAAGAGCAAGAAUAGAACUUCACGAAUCAGAGUUCAACGGGAGCCAAUUAAAACUCUACUUUGCACAGGUACAGAAUGUCAGUGAAGACACAGACAAAUCGUACCUGGCACCACCUCAGCCCGUCAAACAGUUUCUCAUCUCUCCCCCUGGUUCCCCUCCUGUGGGCUGGAGCCAAAGCGAAGAAUUAACACCAGUCAUCAACUACGACUUGCUGUGUGCUGUCGCCAAACUGGGCCCAGGAGAGAAGUACGAGCUCCAUGCCGGGACUGAGUCCACCCCCAGCGUCGUGGUGCACGUGUGCGAGAGUGAAGCCGAGGAGGAGGAAGAGGGUGAAGCUAAAGCACCCAAACAGAAGAUCGUUCAGACAAGGCGCCCAGAGGCUCCCCCGCAGCUGUUCGAUUAAAUCCAGGACUCUGUUUAGGAUUUCAUUUAGCCUGUUUACUUUGUUAAGAUAGCGGGGUACAUAAACCAGACCUGCGCAGGUGGAAUUUAUACAGGUGCAGAAUUUGUAUUGAAGGGGCAUGUUCACAGAGACAGGUGUAUUCCAGAAUGCCAAGCUCACCUCAUCUGCUCAUUUAAAGCACCGUGGUUUUCAAUUUUUUUUUUCUUUUUUGUUCUUCUUUGUUUUUGUUUUAAGAACCAGUAUCAUUAACUUGGUACCAUCACUCAAACCAUAGGCCUAGAGAUCAGCAAAGGUCUGUUGCACUUCUGCAUAUCAGCUGUCCUGUAGUAUUGCAAAAUCUCAAGGACACAGUGCUUUAUAUAAUACUGUAUGUGUAUCAUAAAAAAAGUUCAGAACCUUGAAAACUCUGGGAAUUGUUGUACAUAAUGGUUUUAAUGUUAGCUGCAUGUCUUGACAGGAGAUUGAAGACGGUUGCCAGCAGUAAUUGGUCUGUUCUCAGCAGAACGUGUCUGCAGCCGGCACCUGUAAAUGUAACUACGCUAUUUUGCUAAGACGGGCUCCGUACGAUAAAACGUCUUGUUUUUAUGAAUGUCUGCAGAGACAGAGAGAAACAGAGAGGAGCUGUUGUCAAUCACACCUGGUUCUGUUGUUCAUUAGCAAGAGAUGAAGAAAAAGAAAUCGAAGAAAACCUUUAAAAAAAAGUUUUUAAAACAUACAUUUGCGGAAUUCGGGCGCCGGCUGAAGUCAUGGCAGCGAUCGUGUGUUUAUUAUUUUUGUUUUCUUUAUUCAGGCCGGCUCGUGGUGGUCACCCCUGAAUGUAAACUCUACAGUCAUCACAUACUGUUUGUGUAUAUAGUCUGAAAAAAUGUGUUGGAGUGGAAGGGAUCCUGAAAAAGAGAGGCAGGCGGUACAAAUGUUAAAGAUGCAAAAAGGAUAGGAAUGUCAGUUCAUCUUAAAAGCCUAAUUAUUAUGUAGCGCUACUGCGACCCUGUAAAGGAUUAAGCAGUUAAUGAUAAUGGAUAGAUGGAUGGAUUACUUAGUGCUUUAAAAUACAAUGUCCUUUUCCUUUUCUAUACAAGUGGUUUGUUUUGCAAUUAUUCAAUUCAGUUCAGCUCAUCGGUUUUAGUUGCCUGCCAUAGACACAUGUUACACAGGCUAGAUCAGCCAGAGCUUCUUUAUAUUAAAGCCUCAGCGCCAUCUAGUGCUUUUAGUAUUGCCAGAAAUACAAUAAGAACCUAUUUAGUUACUUAUCACUUCUCAGUACAUUAAAAAAAAGUAAUUACAAUAUUAACCAUUCAGAAUAACACCAUAAAGUGUUUUGAAGCUAAAUAUUGCAUGUCAAAUACUUUCAUAAAAUCAUGACUUUAUCGAUUUCCUUUUCUGUCCCCUUCGUUGCAGUCUGUAUAACGUGUUUCUAAUUCUGUUCCAGAACAAACCCGUGAUUGUUUCUGACAAGCUACAACAGACAAGCAGAAAACCACUGUACAGUCAAAAUUAGAAAUCCUUAAAAAAAAAAAAAAAAUAUAUAUAUAUAUAUAUAUAUAUAUAUAUAUAUAUAUAUAUAUAUAUAUAUAUAUAUAUAUAUAUAUGCAUCAUUAAUAAACAUAACAAAAAAUGUACAUAGGAAAUUCACUGUAAAAUAAGUGUAGCGCAGGCCAAAAAAAAAAUCUUUAUAUGCUCAUCGAUCAUCGCUGUAACAAAUAAAGUAGGUUACAAAUCUGAACGACAUCUGUAUUUUCCAGUUGUUAAAUUCAAAAGGGGAAUUUGAAACUCGGUUCUUGUAUAUCGAUUGUGAGGUGAUCAAUACAAAAAGAUGAAGUCCGCAAGAAACCUAAGCUGUUAUUUAACCCUAAUGUUCUGCGACUAUAUCUUCAAGUGCUUAUUUAACCUCAUAAGCGCCGUUAUAUUAAAAAGCAUUUUAUUUCAGAAUUUUAUUUCGAUUUUCUUUUUUUGUUGUUUUGGACAAAACACCUUUAUAGCCUUUGCUUUCACCAGCCUGGAUGUGUUAGAAAUGUAUUACAAAUUUCAUAUACCAAUGUGUAAAUCUGAUGGGAUUGGUGUUUGUGUUUUGUAGCUUUAGUGGGAGGGAGGGUUGUAACUAUAUGUGGGGUAAUGUAACCACGCCACAAAACUAACGUGUGGCCUUGUCUGUGUUUGCACCUACUAUAUUCUCUAACGUGAGCUUCGCUUUGAACUACGGGCCUCAAAGCAAGUGUACCUUGUUCACAUGUAAAUUGUCGAAGGAUGUGUGCUGAGCAAGCAUGUUGUCAGAUCAUGUCUAUCUAGUAUUUUAAUGCCUGCCAUUUGGGGUUUUCAGAAACUGGGUGCAUUUUCUACCGGUAAAUAAUCUGAAAUUUUAAUGUGGUGUCGCGUUUAUAACAAAGUUAUCAGUUUUGGUAGCUGUCGCCCCACCCCACCCCCCGCCCUGUGCUGUAUCCACGCAGUAUCUUGCUCAAAAUAAACAUUGUUGUUCUGUUAUUUGUUAUUGGCACAUCCAUAUCAUUUUUUAAUUUUCUUUAUUUGUUCAUUUUAAAUAUUUGACCAGGAUACGGGCAAAUGAGACGUCAGAGUCAUAAAUUACAGAUAUAAGGUUUUUUUUUUUUUUUCUCGUAAAUCUUAGAAAGAUCUAACAGUAGAAGCGAUUCUUUAUUAUCAGACAAAACUAAAUGCAGAAUGUUAAUCUUUUUAACAGCUUUUUUCUGCAGGUUUUUGCACAUCACUGGUGCAAAUACAUCCCCUGUCGCGCGUCACCUGUACCAUCUGUUACAUGUGUAAUAUAUAUAUUUUUUACAUUUCAACACAUAUAAUAUAUUCUGUAUCUAAUGGUAUUUAAAAAAAAAAUAAGACAGCAAACAGCUUAAUAAACCUUUUAUCUUUUCUAAAAGAAAAAAAGAAGCAUUUUGUGAACCGUUAGUAAAUGGAACGCUUGGUAAAGAUAUUUCAGUUGUUCUCCACAGUGUCAGCCUGUGAUUUCUUCAGCUACUGUAUGACCUGUUUAUAUGUAUACUUACCAACUGUAAAUACAAUUUUAUAAUACAUAGUAGCGAUUCAAUGUUUAGUGCUUCGAGAAGGCAGUAGGACGUUUUAGUAAAUGUAUUUUUUUUUUAUUUUUAUUUUUUAACACAUUGCAUGGCUUGGUAUUGCCCACAUUCCAAAACUGUUUCAGUGCUCAUAUUUAAAAUAGUAGUACUAUUGUUUUCAGAGUUGUAUUGUCAUAACUUGUAGAAUAUGGGCAUUUUCAGGGCACUGCAUAACCACAAACAAAAAUAGAUACAGUAAUAAAAUACUAUUUGCUAGUGUAAUAAAAUGAUAAGCGUGUGGGUUUUACACUAUAAACACUCAAUCUAACGCACAGUACGGCUAACUGCAAGUGCAAUAUAAUGCUUUUCAGACUGUGUUUAAAAGGUUAAUGCUUUCCAGGCUUAUUUGUUCACCUGCUGUUCUAAUGCUAUUUCAAUACGGUCCACUGUGUUGUAUUAAGUAUGUGAAAUAGUGGCACAAAGGACUCCAGUGUUUUGAGUGUAAACUGUAUAUUAAUACCUACUGUAGCAAGUCAAACUGCGAGAGCGGUAUGCUGCAAAGCUUUUGCCUGCUCAUUUUGUGCUUCGCAUUAAGAAGACUCUCAGUAAGUUUUAAAAUAAGCAACUUUUAGUGUCAGAAAUGGGUUUGCAUGGGUCAAGAACAUCAGUAGAUUUGUAUUCCAUUGGGAGUCCCGCUCAUAACCCCUUAGUCUUGGAAAUGCACCCAGUUUUAGCUUUUUUUUUUUGUUUUUUUGGUUUUUUUUUACCUUUACAAGGUAAAGGUCUAAAGGUCAAAAUCGUUACCCUUGUUUUGUUGAAAUGAAUUCUGCGUCUUCUUGUACUGUAGUUGUUUAAAAAAUGUGGCAAUCAAGCAAUAAUUUAUGGUUAUCUCUGUAUUUAAUGUAUUGUGUUUAAUCAUUUUACCUGACCUGUGACUGGCUUGUUUUUAGUGUAGAAGUAUGAAUGUAAUUUGUUUCGCAUAGAGUUAUAUAAAGGAAUAUUCUUAAACCUGCUGCUUUGUCAUUGUUUGUUGCCCUCAAGUUUAUAUUGCCCUAUUGCAGAUAAAAUAAAGGACUUCUGCUUUG